AUGAAUAAGGACGAUAUCAUUGCAUUUUAUGAAAAAAGAGAUGUGAAAGAAACAUAUAAUUAUGAUAUUUUGGCAGAUGAUAGGGUUUCGUUAUUUUCUUCAAUGAGAGAAACGAAGCAGGAGAAUUAAAAGACUUUAAUUUUGAGUAAUUAACCAACGAUAUAUUGCUGCCUGAGUAUAUGUAGUUUUUUGAUUGCUCUAUCGAAUUUGCCAGAAGAGGAUAGGAUUUAUUUUUUUUAUGAUGAUCCAUUAUCAUACAAUGUUGGGCUGAUUGUUUGUAUGUGUUUUCUUUGUAUACUUGGUAUAGUGAUCUCAGAAAUAAUAAAGAAAUCAUUUACAAACAAACAAAUAGGAACUUUGCCGUUUUUGACAAAGAAGCAACAUAAAAUGAAUUUUAAUCCCACUAUCUGUUUGGCAGGACAGAUUGCUCAUUUACUUUUACUUAUUGAAAUAAUUCUCUAGUCGAUGCCAACUUAAUUAUUUUAACACGAAACACUUAUGGAUUUAUCAUUUUUAUUAAAUAUGGUCUAUUUUGCUUAUGCGAAUAGUUUUUUGGAGAAGAAGAAGGCUGCUCAGAUGCAUUACAUACCAUUCAUCUUAUAUAUUUGUGUGACUCUUGCAUUGUUAUGUUAAAAUAAUUCCAUGAAGCUAAGAUAUACUCAUAUUUGGAAGGUGCAGACAGAGAGAGUGAUUCUAACAUACAUGGGAAUCAUGUUGCAAGGGAUAUAAUUUUAGUUGUUUAGACCAGCAAUAUAAUAGAUGGAGAGAAAUCAAAAUAUCUUGGCAGAAGUUCUUUGA